GUCAGACUAGAGGAAGUUCACAACCACAGGAGGAGCUAAUAGUGUUUAAAGGAAGAGCUGUAACUAUAUGUAAUGAAGAGAAAGACUGACAGAAACAGAAAAUGGCUGAUAAGUGUGAUCUGUGUCUGCUGGGACUGAUCAUUCUCUCUUCACUUCUCACAGGUACCAGUGGAGUGGAUGAUGAGAAUGUGUUCAUCAGUUCUGGUGAAAAUGUCCGUCUGCCCUGUAAUAAUGCUCUUUCUGACUGUACAUCGACUACAUGGAUCUAUAACAGUAUCAGACAUUCAGCAGCAGUUGAACUGAUUGCUUUAGGGAUAAAGAAGAAAGACACAGAGAGACAUGAGAGUCUGAGUCUGGGGUCUGACUGCUCUCUGAACAUCAAGGACGUCACAGAAGAAGAUUCUGGAUUUUACAUCUGCCAACAAUGGACAGGUCCAAAAAGAGACCAAAAACAAGGAUCUGAUGCACGUGUUUCUCUGCAUGUUCUUCAUGUUUCAGUCUCUUCAUCAUCAUCAUCAUCCUCACAGACUGAGAUCAGUCCAGGUCGCUCUGUGACUCUCUCCUGUCAGUGGUAUUCUGGAUUAUCCUGUCGUGAUUUGGUCCGUUCUGAGGGACUUCAGCUGUUGUGGGUGAAUCAGGCUGGUGUUGAUCUGACGACAGACUCCAGAUAUCAGAUAUUAUUCUCAUCAGAUCACUGUAUCAUCAAUCUGACUACAACACUCCUGAAUGAAGAUGACAACAGAGAGUGGAGAUGUCAGCUUACUCUCAGAAAUCAACUCCAGACCUCAGUCAGAUACACUGUCAAGUAUUCAGCUCAGGAUGUGCAUGAAUCUACAGUCAGAGUCGCAGUGAUUUCUGUCGCUGCAGUCGCUGUUUUCCUUCUUGCUGUUCUCUGGCUGAUCUGCAGAAAAACAGCUGAUAAUAAAAGAGGGACAGUCGACUCUGCGGUCAAAGAUGAGAAUGAACAUAAAGGGACGUAUGAGACGAUCAACACGUCCAUUCCUCCUGCUGCCAGAGCCAAUGAGCAGACAGAUGAUCAUGUGACUUAUUCUGAGGUCACUUCCUCCAAUAAAAAGCCAGUAAAAUCAGUGGAUGAUCAUAAUGAUACAGUGACUUAUGCUGCCAUCAGAUGAACAGAAGAUGAACCGCAGGAUGAACUUUAUUCUCUGUGAACAAGAACAAGACCUUCACAAAUGAACAUUAAUGACACAGAUCAUGAGCUCAACAUAUCAGGAGCAGACGGGACGUUUUCAUCUCUCUGGUGUUUGGAGGAAUUAACUGUUAAAUCAGAUAUUUGCUGAAUGUACAAUCAUUUCAAAAGUAAAGUAUGGUAAUGUUUCCUAAAUUUUCAACCCAGUGCAGCACAAACUACUCUUUCUUUAUAAGUCCUCUAGUCAGGAAUGACUUUUUUUUCUUCUCUAAAAAACAGUCUGUGUCGAUGCAAAAUAAUUUGGAUUUUAAAGCCAAUCAUGGCACUGGUCUGUGCAUUUAUGCCAUAAAAGAAAUAGUAAAUAAGUAUAGAGAUAAACAAUAGUCAGUUCUUAAGUGUUUUAUUGAUCAUCCAAAGAUUUUGAUCGAGUUAACCAUAAAAAGUUAAAAUUUUUCUUAAAAUUGAACAACAAGAGGUGUAUGAAUACAUUGUGAGAAUUUUGUCCUAUUGAUAUGCCCACCAGUCACUGCAAGUAAAAUUGUUCAGCACAUAAAGAUGAACUUCUUAUCAUGAUCUCA